AUGAUAUUAGGUGGUUCAGUUUAUGGAACAGCUGAUAAAGCAGUUUAUUUGGAAGCGCAUUCGAAUUUUGGUAAGAACGUAAGCAGUUUGCCUGGAGCCAGUCCUCGUAUGUUUAUGUUUGAUAACAAAAUACGAGACUGGGUUAGAUGGGGUGCCAAUGUUAAUAAACAUGACAGUACCGAGACAAGCAUUCAAGAAAUGCGCAAGAUUGGAGAGAUUGCUAAAGCAACUACAAUAUGCAUUUUUACAUUAUCAUCAUCCGAUGCUGUCUCGGGUGUAUUCAAAAUGUCCCGCAGUUUUCUGUCAGCAAUACAACCGAAAUCAGAAAGCUAUCAAUUCACAGAAACCAUCAAAUCGUCUACACCAAUGUCAACCGAAGAAACACGGAAUGAAACCGAAACGAAACAUUAA